UCUAAUAAAAAUAAUCAGUACUCUGUUUGCACAAAUAAAAGCCAUUACACUAAGAAUUGUAUUGAACAAACAUGCAGUUUCAUAUAAUUUUAUCGAAAGUUUUUUCUAAAAUAUAUACAAAUUCAUUAAAUCGCCUUCGUCCCAUAAUUACACGAAGUGCAGCGACGUCAAACAAAGACGAAGCUGUGGAUUUAGCUUAUUCUUCAUACGAAUACGCUGAUAAGACUUCGACGAAGCCGCCGCUAGUUAUACUACAUGCUCUGUUGGGUUCAAAGAACAAUUGGAUAGAUGUGAGUAAAGCAAUUCAUGAAACAACUGGCAGAAGAGUGAUCAGUAUUGACGCACGAAAUCACGGUGAUAGCGCACAUUCACCCCAACAUACUUUAUGUCAUAUGGCGCAUGACCUUAGCAAGCUGCUUGAACAGCUAGAACUGCCAAAAGUAUCUGUAUUCGGACAUAGUAUGGGCGGCCUUAGUGCAAUGGUGUUUUCAUUACUCUAUCCUGAUUCUGUAUCGAGUUUGAUUGUGGAAGACGUAUCACCAGUAAGAACAAAUCCUCAAAUAAAAACCAUAGUAAAUUUGUUCGAUGCUAUGGCUACUGUGACUGUUAAGCCGGACGUCCCAAUGUCGAAGGCAAGGAAACUGGUUGACGAACAUUUGAAAUCAGUAACCCUGGAUAUCAAUAUACGAAACUAUUUAAUCACAAACUUGGUGUAUAAUGACAAUGGUUACACAUGGCGAUUUAAUUUACCAGCUCUGAAAAAUAUUUUUAAAUAUGCAAGCUUGCCUGAUAGUUUAAAAGGUGUACAAUAUGUUGGCCCAACUCUUUUCAUUGGAGGAUCUCUUUCCAAUUUUAUUGGUAAAAAUGAACUACCAAAAAUACAAGAAUACUUCCCGUUAGCUCAACUCACUUAUAUCGAAGGUGCUGGACAUUGGGUGCACAUUCAACAACCAGAGAUAUUUCAUAAAGUUGUUUGUAAAUUCCUUGUCGAAAAUUAAUAUAAACAUCCAGUCAAUGAGGAUAGUACAUUCACCACA